CGUAUAGCUUGACAGGAUGCAGUGUUAUCUGGCACUUUAGCAAAAUUCAAUUUAUCCCAAACAAUCUAACAAAUGAAUUCUCGUCAUACGUCCUCGUACAAAUGAACAAAAUGAAUGUUUUUGAGGGAGCACACGGAACAUGUUUCCCGCUACCAGCUUGAACAAGCAUGUACUCUCAAUCCUUGACAAAUGCAACAACCUUAAUCACCUCAAACAACUUCAAGCUCAUCUCAUCACUCUCGGCCAUGGCCAAACCCAUUUCUACUCAUUCAAACUGCUUCGUUUUUGUACAGUAAAUGUCUCAGAUCUCGCCUAUGCCCGGUACAUUUUCGACCACUUCAAUUCACCUAAUAUUUAUCUUUACACAGCGAUGAUUACUGCAUAUAAUUCUCUAUGCGAUCAUACUUCAUCUGUGUUGCUUUAUCGCAAAAUGGUGAGAAGAAAUUAUUCGAAGCCUAAUGAGUUCAUAUUCCCUAUUGUUUUGAAGUCUUGCCCGGAAGUGGUUACACCUUAUGGGACUCAAAUGGUACAUACCCAGAUUGUGAAAUUGGGUUUUUGGCAAUACACAGUUGUGCAAACGGCGCUUUUGAAUGCAUAUUCAAGAUAUGGUGUUGAUAUUGCCCUUGCGAGAAAGAUGUUUGAUGAAAUGUCUGAAAGGAAUGUGGUGUCAUGGACUGCGAUGAUUUCAGGGUAUACGAGAGUUGGGGAAGUGGGGCAUGCAGUUCUUCUUUUUGAAGAAAUGCCUGAGAGUAUUAGAGAUACUCCGUUUUGGAAUUCUAUUAUCGCAGGGUGUAUGCAGAAUGGGUUGUUUUCGGAGGCCAUUGAAUUUUUUAGAAGAAUGAUUUUUGAGGAGAGGGUAGGGGGUAGGAAUAGACCUAAUCAGGUUACGGUGGUCUGUACGCUUUCUGCUUGUGGGCAUUGUGGAAUGCUGCAGCUUGGGAAAAGCAUUCAUUCAUAUAUUUUUAGGCAUGCUCUUGGUUUGGAUUUGUUUCUUGCAAAUUCUUUGAUUGAUAUGUAUGGGAAAUGUGGGAGCUUGAAUAUAGCAAGAAUGAUUUUUGAUCGGAUUAAAAAGGUGAAUUUAACUUCUUGGAACUCUAUGAUAAAUUGUUUUGCGCUGCACGGUCAGAGCGUGGGAGCUAUCGGUGCUUUUGAGGAAAUGCUGCAUCACGGGGAUGAAGUGAAGCCAGAUGGAGUGACUUUUAUUGGGUUGUUAAACGCUUGUACCCAUGGAGGGUUAGUCGAGCAGGGCCGUCAGUAUUAUGAAAUGAUGAUUAGGGAGUAUGGGAUUGAGCCUCAGAUUGAGCAUUACGGGUGCAUGGUAGAUCUUCUAGGUCGAGCCGGUCGAUUUGAAGAGGCUAUGGAAGUUGUGAGGCGGAUGAGGAUUCCACCUGACGAGGUUGUAUGGGGUUCUUUGCUUAACGGGUGUAGGAGUCAUCGGCGUACAGACCUUGCUGAACUUGCAGUAAAAAAAUUAAUUGAGAUCAAUCCUAAUAAUGGAGGUUAUGGUGCAAUGAUGGCUAAUUUGUAUGGGGAGUUGGGGAAGUGGGAUGAAGUGUGGAAGGUGAGGAAAUCAUUGAACGAGCAGAAUGCUAAUAAGACUCCUGGUUGCAGUUGGAUUGAGGUUGAUAACCAAGUUCAUCAAUUUUACUCUGUUGACAAAUCACAUCCCAGAACAGAGGAAAUUUACACAAUCUUAGAAUUUUUCAUCGAUUCACAAUAGGUAAUGGCAAUGGGGUUGGUGGAGUUGCUUGAGACCAUGACAGUAUAGAUAUAGCAAGCUUUUCAAAGUUUUUUCAUGGCUAUAUAUCGCCCUAUAUGCUAUCUUGGAAGGCCUGCGGUUUGCGCACAUGAGUUGAUGAUCUGCAUUGAGUCGGAUUGUUUAAAUACAGUGUCAACAGUAAAUAAUACUCCUCCCCAUGCUCGCCAGGCUGCUUGGAUUGCUAAUAUAUCUGAAUUAUUUUCAUCUUUUACAAAGAAUUUGCUCAGAAAUCAAGAACCUCACGCCACAAGAAUCCAAUAUCGAUAGCUUCCUGUAUGUUGAUGAUUUUACGUGUAUGGUUGGAAGUGCUGACAGAACAAGUUGCAAGCAUCUUGUGUUGAGUUUUGAGUUUUGCUACUAAACAUGGACCAUGAAGGAGAUUGGUACGAAACAGUGAACAUCAUUAAUCCUACGCGCUAAGCGAGCCAGUUGAAUGUUAUUACAGGUCUACGGCUAACUCGGCUCGUUUUACACCUAUCAAGCACCAGAGAAAACACAUCUUCUCGACUUCUGCUAGUAAACAUGGAAAAUUAAGAGGCAAUUUCGUGAAGUGAAAAUGAGUUUGAAUAUUGAUACACAGUAGUGCACGUCUUCCAAUCUUGCAAGCCAAACACUAUGAGAGAAAAUAACAUUUUCUAUUGACUUCUACAAGUAAACAUUGGCGUAUAAGUGCUUAGAACCGGGACAUGAAAAUGAGCGCUGUCAUGCGCAUUGUUUUGUCCUCCGUGCUAAAUAUGCCAAGUUCAUCUUCUUAAAUCUUGGUAGCUAACUCGGGUUGCUAUGACGAGCACUAGA